AUGGCGUACCUCAACAGCCUCCCUGAUCUCCCCGAGAUUGUACGCGACUCGCGACUGAAUGCGACAUUCCACACCGACGGCCGGCAGUCCUACAUUGUCCACAAGCGCGGAGGCGCCCACCGGCGCGCGAAGGAAACACAGGAUGUAUGGGUUCACGAGAAACACUUGGGCUCAGGCGGCUACGGACGCGUCGACGUCCAGUCCAGGAGGUCGAAUCAGCCGGGGCCGCGGCAGCUGCGCGCCGUCAAAACGAUCUUGAUAUCAGACAAGGAGCUGCGAUCUAGGAGGGAUUUCUAUGUCCGCGAGCUGGAAGCGAUCAUUAAGUUCUCCCAAGUCAGAUACGAUGACCUGUUCGUCAAGACCUACGGCUGGUACGCGAGCGACAACCAUUUGUUCAUUGCGAUGGAAUACUGCGAACUCGGCGACCUCCACAAAUAUCUCAAGACACGCCCCGACCGACGGUUACCCGAAGAUCAGACUCGCGAAAUCGCUUCGCAAGUGCUGGAUGCUCUGUCACGAAUGCACGAGGAGAACUUUGCGCAUGGAGACCUCAAGCCACAUAAUAUCCUGAUCAAACACCGACCUCCGGAUCCAUGGGUAGUCAAAUUAAGCGAUUUUGGCAUCAGUCGACGAAGCCGGAACGAAGAAACCGCCCCCAGCCCGAUCACGACCGUUCGAGGAACAGACGGCUUUAUGCCACCUGAACUACUGAAUAUCAGCGGUAGCAGCUCCAAGUCUAUCGAUCUCUACGCGGCAGACAUGUGGUGCGUCGGGGAAUCCAUCUUUCGAAUCCUCACGGGGCGGCCUACCUUUGAGAAUACGCAAGACUUGUACGGAUACUACUUCAAGGUCGGCCAGUUCCCGGUGCAGGUACUCAGAGAUGCGCAGGUCAGUGAGCAGGCCAUUGCGUUUCUGAGCUCACUUGUGGUUUGCAACCCAUCGGAACGACUCACGGCAAAACAAGCCUUGUCUCACCCGUGGAUCAUGAUGGCUGUGCCCGAAUCACCUGUCUUCAAGUUCUCCGAUAGUCUUGCCGUGAGCAGGUCUUACACGAACCUCUUCCGUCAUACCCUGGCCUCACGGAUGCAACAGGCGUUCGAGGAAGAAGCGUCUGGGACCUGGGACACACAGACGCAGCCGAUGGACGCUUUGGAAGACGAUGAGGGGCUGGAGUUGCAAAUUCCAAAUGCGAAGCCGAAAGUGGGAGUCCCUGGAGAGCAGCCUGAUCUCAACCAGCCGGCUCACAAAGCAUCGUUCUCACUGGCUGAGCCGGCUUCUGGUUCAUGGUCGACUGGGACAUUACAUAAAAAGAGUCAAAGCCUAGAUCUCACAGAUAUGGGACCGGCAACUGGAUUGCAGCGUAGAGGGUUCCUGAAAAGACCAAAUGGUGCUGCCCCGAGACGAUAUCGCAGGACAUCCAAAGAUGAGCCAAAAGCUCCGGUGGACCAAGGCGCCUUCGCCCAACAAGAAACAAGGCUUCAGCUUGAGGCAAACGAGCAUUUGAGAAAAGGCCAAUAUGAAGAUGCCGCGUGGCUUCUGCAAGAGCUCUCAAUCUUGAAAUCGAAACUACCGGGAAUAGAACGCCAACCAAGCCAAGAACAAAUCGAACAGGAAAAGCUGCACGUGGUUGCGCAGAACUUGCGCCUCGCUGAGACCGAAGGUGAGAAGUGUCGUGCGAUGGGGUAUCUUGCCAUUACCUUGUUCAAAAUGGACAUGUAUGUGAGCGCCGAGUUCUGCUAUCUGGAUUUCAUCAAGCGAGAGAAGGAAUCGCUUUCUGGGCCAACGGUUCAAUUCAAUCCCUGUCUCGUGGAGCGCGAGAAUCUCAUCAGGCUAGACAGUUUUCUUAUUGACCUGGCACACACACUUGUUCGACAAGAGAAAAUCGACGAUGCGAAGCAUGUUUACGAAGAGGUCAUCUCGCACAAGACCGAGUUAUAUGAUAUCGCGCAUCAGGAAACUAUCGACGUCAUGUAUGAGCUUGCCGAGGUGCUGAAAUCCAGAGACAAGUUCGAGGAUGCGAAGCGCGUCUACGAAGAUGCCGUGAGAGCAAGAAGGGCGAAGUUAGGGGAGACUAAUCCUCUAACCCUCGAGAGCAAGACACGACUACAGAAACUAGAGGAGAUGAUGGGAACUCGGAUUGACCCCUCAGCUCAACAGCAUCUUCAACAAAGCAAGCCCAAGUUCUUAGCCAGGAAGCCGAUCCCAGAUCUCAAACUAGAGGAUGUCGAAGAUAAGAAGGCCGAGAGGAACGAAGAGCUGGACCACAUUCCUCUCCCAGAUAAGGAGCGGGGCUCAAAAGAAGAAGAACAUUCACUGAGUCUUCAAACUGCCCAGAGAUCCAGCGGCUGGAAGGAACCGUCACCCCGGGGAACGUCUGGAUUUCCGGGUGCGCCCAGCGGCCAUAAGAGUACGGCCAAGUGGAAAAAGUAUUGUCUUUGCGGGCUUGCUUAA